CACGACCUGCCUCGCAUCUGCAGGCUUUACCAAAGAUACUCUAUCCAGUUUAUUGAACGUCUCUGGCUUUACGGACCGUGUGCGCGGCUCCGGAAGCGUUGUUCCGGCCGCCGUUUCCAGGGUUACCGUGGCCAUGGCACCGCUGCGGGUCCUGUGCGUGCACGGCUACCGCCAGAGCGGCGGCUCGUUCCGGGAGAAGACCGGGGCGCUGCGGAAGCUGCUCAAGAAGCACGCCGAGCUCGUGUACGUGACGUCACCGCUCCCGGUGCCGCGCCUGCCCGCGCCAGAGGUUCCAGCCAGUGAGAAUGAGCCAGUUCCAGGACCAGGAGGGGACGAGGACCAGAGGGGCUGGUGGUUUUCUGACGUCACGGCUCGUAGUUUCAGCGCGCAGCAGCAGUGCGAUGAAAGCCUGGGUCUGGACGAGAGCGUGGCGGCGGUGAGGGAAGCCGUGAAGGAGCUCGGCCCCUUCGACGGCAUCCUGGGCUUCAGUCAGGGAGCAGCAUUUGUGGCCAUGCUCUGCUCUCUGCAGGAGCAACAGCUGGAGCCGGAGUUCAGCUUCCGCUUCGCCAUUCUCGUCGCUGGUUUCCGUAGCGCAUGUAAGCAGCACCAAACGUUUUACCGGGCUCCCCUCCAGAUCCCCUCCCUGCAUGUGUUCGGACUGGAGGACAGAGUCAUCCCCGACAGCAUGAGCAGGGAGCUCCUCCCCUGCUUUCAAGACGCUCAAGUCCUCAUUCAUGCUGGCGGUCAUUUUGUUCCCGCCGCCUCCGCUCACAGACAAACAUACCAGGACUUCCUGAAGAGGUUCCAGUGAGACCCAAACCCAGACCGAGGCUGAAUCAGAGAACCACUCAAGCACUUGGAUAUAUACACUGCUGCUAAACAUUUGUGGGUGACUGGUCACAUCGUCUUCAAAUCUUUAAAUUCAUGCCCUUUGUGUUCUGGCUACAUUACUUUUGUCCUACUCUCAUUUGUUAAAAUGAAAUAACGUGAGAUUUCUGAGGGAGAGCACCUUGUGACAAAUAAAGAAGAA